CUUACUUUGGGCAAGCAAGGCAACCAAAACAACAGCAAAAAAGACGUGAACACCUGGCACCCUUAUUGAAGCAAAGCAAAUUAUUCAUUGAUACACGAAGAUGGAACGUGUUCAAGCUUCCACAGAAACCAGAUAUCAUAACGGAACAUCCAUUCAUCUUACCCUUUCAAUAUCAUGUCAAAUUUGUUUGGGAAAGGUUAAAGAUCCUGCCAUUUGUUCAAAUCACCAUGUUUUUUGUUCAUCCUGUCUCGAUAGGUGGCUAGAAAAUAGUGCCUAUUGCCCUGCAUGUCGCGUACCAAUUAAUGAAGAAAACCCAUAUAAGAAAAUUUUAGGUAGUUUUGAUGACGAGUCAAACCAGGACUUAAUGAAUGAUCCGUUGGUCAAGUCGCAGAUGAGACGAACCAGAUUGAAGAUGAUGUUUGAAGAAUUCCAACAUGAAAUCGAGUAUUUAGAGCAGACAAUCAAAAGUUAUUCAGCAGAGAAUGUCAAAUUGAAAGAAGAAAAUGAAGAAUUACGUUUACAACUUGAUGAACGAGACAUACAAAGUCGAUUAAAACUGCAUGACUCAAUAAAAAAUAAUAAUACUUCUUCUAAAACCGAAGAAAAUAAUGUAGGCGAUAUUAGAACCAUUCUGAAACUGUCGAAUAAAUUGCAAGAAAUGAUCAGUGCGAAUGAAAGCAUGUCACACGUCAAUGCUGCGUUGAGAAAGGAUAUCAAAAUACUUGAGAAAGAAAGAGAGUCAUGUUUUAAGGAUAUUGAAAAGUUAAAAGAAGAAAACAAAUUCUCACAGUCUCCGCAAAAGUAUAAUAAAUAUGCAAUGGUGGCACUUCAGACCAAAGUGGAUAAUUAUGAACGGGAAGUGCAGCAGUGGAAAAAAGCUUUAAAAAGGGCGGAUGACUACAUUGAGGAGUUAACAUUACAAUUGGAAAUGCAUAAAAAUAAAAGGUUAGUUUCAAAUGACGACUCUUCUGGAGCCAGUGUUUUGGAUAAUGAGUCAUGCGGAAGUGUGAACAAAACCGGUCGUGUAUCUUCUUCUCCGACACGAUCGUGUACUCCUGUUAUAAUGCGCAGUACAAGUGGAAUUAGCGCAAGCGAAACAUUAAUAAAUAUUUCUUCUAAGAAGAAUACUGAUUCAAACGACCAGAGUAAUAAAAACAUAUCAGAUGACGUUAUAAAGCAACAAGAUAGCCCAGCAUUUACCGAUAAAUCCUCUUCUAAUAAUAUAAGCCAUCCUGAUCCUCUUAUGAGCAGAACGAAAGAAAAGACUUCAGAAAAGGUUCUAACAGAACCACACCUUUUUCCAGCAUGUGCAAAGCUGUUAGAAUUGACAAAAGCGCGUCAAAACAUGUCUCCUCCUGGUCGUGAGAGUUAUUCCCGCAAUUUAUUUGGUUACAACCGCGAUGAGCUGAAGGUUUUUUAUCCAAAGUCGUCUAGUUGCUCUCCUCGUGUGACUAUGUCCAGUCCAAGUCACGCAAGUCCAUUUCAACGAGAUCAAGGUCAAGAUGGUAAAUUAUUGAAAAGAAAUUUGGAAGGUGAGGAUAUAACCGUUGUUAUUCCAUCAAAUGAAGAUCCGUGGUUACACGCUGAUUAUCGCCGUACAGGAAGUCCAAGGAAUCCUUCUUAUCCUGCUCAUUUAACAAGCCAAUCCAUGGAAAUGAUAUACAAAGAACGUAUCGAAUACACAGAAAUGGAGGGUGCAGGUAAGCCUACGAUUGAUCACCGCCAGUAUUACCCUCGUCAAGUGAGUCCUGCACCAAGAAAGAAAAUAAAAACAGAAGACUUUUAACAAAGUAACUUUUAAUGUAAAUAGACUAGUAUUUAUAAUAUUGACUCUCACGCUGUGUUUUUUUCGCAUUGACCUUUGUAACAUACUUACAUAUUUAACCUU